UCAACAAUCACUAUGGCGGCGCCCAUAGCGUUGUUUUGUCCGUUUGCAGCGUUGGUAAACACGCACGUUUUCCUGUAUCGAGGAACGUGAAUUGUUGCUUGGCAUUGCGUUGCAUAGUCGUCGAUCGUUUGCCCGAACUCUCUUGUAGGUUUAUUUGACGUCACUGAUGCACAGAAGAAAGCGGCUACCCGUUCAGCAGAAGCUGCCAGUACCACAAGCUUCUACUUCACUGAGCUCCGAAGAUCACUCUAAUGAUGAGGACGCCAACGAAAAGUUCGAACGAGAACUAAAGUGGUGCAUUGAGCAACUCAAUAUUUCACUCUCCCAUACCGACGCAAAGAAGAAAAACUACAAUGAAGAACUGCGGGCUCUUCAAACGCUCCAAAGCGUCAAAGCGCCCGUCGCGAAAAAAAGGCAGGUGAUGAGCGUUACACUUGGGAACUACAGGGCGAAGAUGGAACAAGAGAAGGCGAAGUUCAUCACUGACUCUACCAGAAAGACUAGGCUGCAGCCUCAACCUUCUGCCGAGACCAAGUCUGUCUUCCUGAGGAAAGUGACGACAGCUGACAAGGACAGCCAACCCGGUGCCCCACAGACUGCUAAUGAGUUCAAAUUCAACUUCGUCAUUGACAACGAGGACACUUGAGGUGCCUGUCUUAUUUUUAAUUAUAAUAAAGUGCCUGUUGCCUGUA